AUGAAGCUUUCUGGAAUUCUGCUCCUGAUAUCUGGAGUUCAGUUGUUAUCACACGUUACUCGCGCAAAAUACAUAGAGUCAGAAGGUAUAUCGUACUGAUUAUGAUUUGUAAUAUAUAUAUACUUUACCUCGAAUACUUGCAGGCUUAAAAGUCAUUUCCUCCCAGGUAUUAGCAGUUCUCAGUUUAAAAUUUUAGAACUGAAAAUUGCUUGGUCUAUAGCUGUUACUAGAAAGGUUAUAUAUUAACUUAAAGUUUGUAGUUUAACAGUUUUGCUUUUGCUUGUAGCUUUUCAGGUUUUGCAUCUCAGUUUAAACCAUUUUACGCAUGGCCAGUUUUAGCAACUAUCGCUGAAUAUAUAAUCCAAAGGGCAGGCAGUAGAACGAGUAAAUGAAAUAGUAAAAUCAAUCAUCAGUGUAGACCAAGGAAACGUUUGUUUUAUGUGGCUGUUUUAUAUAAGGCCAGUUCAAAAGGCAACACUAUACUCAACAGUGCAUGCAUGCUUGCAUGCAGAUUAAAAUUUCAUAUUUGUUAUUGUGUGCAUAUGUUAUAGAGCACACCUUAGGUACUUUACUAAAAUGUUAGUACAAGUACCCUGUAUUGAGUUCGUCCGACGUUUCCGACUAUCUGCUGACCUGUAAAUAACGAUUAGCCACUGAACGAGUGCACUAGCUUCUCCUCUUCAAUUCCGAGUUCUUUAGAGUGCAGUUCUACACAAAAUGCGCAGUUCUGAACCAUUGUUGGCACGCGGCCGUAGCGAGGCGUAGCGGUCAGUAUGAAUAAUUUCAAGUUAAUUUUUAGGUGAUUUAAGGGCUAAUUUCAGGAAAAUUAUAAAAGUAUUAAUUGACAGGCUAAUGUGGAAAAGAAGAACGUAAGCUAAAGAUGCCAAAUUUUAUAGUUUCAUUUCCGGGCUUUCUGAUGGUCUAAAUAUCCAAACCCCCUAAUUGUUUCAGCCGCCGCAUUCAGUUGUCUUAAUAUAUUCAUUCAAGAGAAAAACUUGCUGCGUGAACGUGCUCAUAUAAACCACAUUUAGGUAACGUAAAUUUAAUUUUAAAAAUAAGGUAAUUUGGACACCCACAUGCACAACAACGACAAAGUCGUCGCUACGUCUCUGGUUGGUGAAGUUCAGUCUGCAAAUAUAGCUGUGCCAUUACGCUUGCGUUUUGUUUUUGCCAAUCUUCAGAAAAUAAAGAAAUAGAAUCGAGUCGACUCUCGAGUUUCAAAAUAUUACGGAUCGGUCUCAUGAAAUUGUGGCAUAGCAUGAAAAAUUCGUAUCGCUAUGUGCCACUUCUACAUUUCUGAUUUGAUUAUACAACCAUUGACGACGUAAUUUUACCAUUAAAAUUUACUAUUAAACAUGCGAAACUAUGUAGGUGUGGUCGCAAAGAUUUGUGGAUGUGAUAGCGAUACCAUAGGUCGGUGAAAUCCAUAAUAUGAUCCUCCUGUCCUACAAAUCAAAACGUGAUUCCUGCAUUCAUAUAAUCGUAUAUUGACAGAUCAUUUUACAAUUUAAACAUUUCAGCCAGUUCAAAUAAUUUCUUAUAUAAUAUUUGAAAUUCGAAUUCACAUAAACCUUUGACUCCCGGUAACUCCAGAUCACGGAUGUAGUGAAGGGAAAUGGGCCUAUCAGCCCCCUGUUAAAAUUUUCCUUCAGUUUAAGGGGAGACUGAGUAGGGGUGGGCUAAGCCCCCUUAAGAUUUUAAUCGAGACAGAAAUGAAUCUAUGAUAAUAUAACAAAUUGUUGCCAGUUUAUUAAGAUUUGGUAUUAUUGUAUAAUCGAGUUUUCGAUUUAUUUCUAUUCAAUUUUUGAACAUCAGACUAGAAAUAUUAAUUUAGAGAUUGCACUUUUCUGUCUUCAUUAUUCCAUUGUUGGCCUAACACUAUACAUUUUAGAACAUCACUUAAAAUACUGGGAAUCCUGUUUCAGAGACCUUGAAUAAAACAUUUGUGGAGUUCAUGCUCUAAGGCCUCCCUUGAAGCUAGAGCCGCCUUGUUGAAAUUUUUAUUACUACACUAUUGCUUCAGAUGCUUCACAACAUCCCUAUAUGUCUAUCUCUAACUUUUUAUUCAAAAAUCCCUGCUCUGAUUGUAUCAUGUAGCCUGUAUCUCAUGUUCCUAUAAAUAUCUUCUGUGCAGAUUCACUACAUCUUCUCGAGGACGACGAUCCAAUUUCAAACGUUGGCAGACCAUCAACUUCAACAUCUAAUGGGAAUCAAGGUCAGUGCUUUUACCACAGUGGUUAGCGCAUGCAUCGUUCACAUUUGUGAUUGUGGUUUUCAAUUUAUGCAUCAUGCGCGCAGUUGUCUCAGAGUCAUGCACGACUUUAAUUUCACUUGAUCUGCGUGUGAGAAUAGUGUUGCUUUUAUCGACUUUAUCGUACCAAUGGGGCAGAGGGAAUGUCCUUGUGAAAAGUUGAAAUCCGGGCAGAAAUUGGGGGCGUACGAUGAUAUCCAUUAUUAUUAUUAUUUGUUAUUAUUAUUUAAAAUUCUUUAUGCACGGUAGCUUAUCAAUCUAUUUCCACUAAAAAUAUAUAGAGUUUUCUGAUAAAGUUUCAAAUAAUUAAAAUGGUUGCUUUUCAUAAGGCCGUGUAGAAAAUUAAGCUAAGCAGUAGAACAACAAGUUACUAAAUUAUAGUAAAUAUCAUGGAUAAACAUCCAUCUCUUCUGUUUACCAGCAAGGGUGGGUUGACUACAAAAUUUUGUAGUUCGCUAUAACUACAGCUACUUCAAAAAUAUGUACAGUCAGCUACAACUAGUGCUACGUUUGAAUAAAGGUAGUUCGCUACUGACUAUACAGCUACUGCUUUAAAAAUGUAGCGACUAUUUCGCUAUUUCGCUACGCUAUAUUUUUUUAGUUUUACUGUAUUUGGAGCAUCUACUAACUCAGGCUGAAAUGUAACCUAUAACAAAUCGACCUACGAGUAGCAAUAGUAAACACAAAGAUACAUUUUUGUAAGCACUACAGUGUUCAAGAGUGCAAAUUGACUAUUGAGUAUUGAUUUUAAGCAAACCGUGUCUCAAUAUCAUACUAUUCUAUCAAUUUUCUAACAAUUUUAAAAAGUAGCGAAUAGCGAUUCGCUGUUUGAAAAGUAGUCAACUACUUGGCUACUUUUAGGAAAAAUGUAGUUCGCUAUAACUACAGCUACUGUUUUAAAAAAGUAGUCAAAAACUACUGGCUACUUGAAAAUUGUAGCUACUACCCACACUUGUUUACCAGUAAUAGUUGUUGCCUUCCCUAUCUCUAGAAUCCUAACUCCAGUAAAAAUGCCUAUGGUAGCUGAAAGCACAUUUGAAAUUGAAUUUACGCGCAUAUCAGCAAUUAUGACCGACUUCAAAAGUUCUGAUAUGGUGGUCAAGUGAGCUUCAUUCUUUUUGUUACAAGAAACGAAGACAUCGUGCUAUUUUUCUGUUAUAUUUGCGUGUACAGCACAACGUUUUACAAAAAUAUUUUUUCGACCUAACAACAUUUGGCGACUUAAAAAUGGCUUUUUGUGGUUGUACUGUUUUCUUAAACCUCGUCCUAGAAUACGUGAAAUAGCGUAGUAACGAAUCUAGAAAUUCAAAAUUUUCCGGGGAUGGGGCAUAUGCCCCUGAACCCCUAGAUUCCCAGCGCAUUCGGAAUGCUAUAAAAAUUUGGACCCCUCCAAAGUUUAGACGCUAGCUACGCCACUGAGGUACACCUGUCUAUUGCAACUUAUUUUAACAACAAAAUACUGUCAAACAUCGAAUGGUCGGUCUAGAUACCAAUAUAUGUAAAACUCCUGGGCGGGCCUGUUUUACAGUUUCAACUGGACACACUAUGGCGCCCAUUUUUUAAAAUAAAUUAUAGAACUGCUUAUUCAAUAUGGCGUAGUAGUUUUUACCAUAGCAUUCACAUAUGGCAUAAAUCAUAGCAAAUAUUUUGAAUUCGCACACAGAAUAGAAAUAUUCAUUUUUGUAGAAUGUGUUCUCUACCAAUGGCAGUUUUAUAAGACUAUUUAAUUAAUUAACACUUUUUAAUUCUACGAAAGGAACCGAGCUACAGUCAAUGACAUAUAGUCUGGCUAAAAUUGUUAUUGGACAGCCAAUUACAGUGCAAUUAUCCCGGAUAGUUUGUGGUUUCAUUGAUAUGGUGUAUAUACCAAUAGGAAUAAAACCAAUUAAUUCAUGCUUGUGAUAGCAUACAAAGAAAACGUGUUUCAAAAGUGUGGGAGGUAUAUAAAGUCAAUUACAAAAUCUUGAAUUUUUAAAAGCAAAAUAACUUUUUACAACUUUGACAAAUAUUCGUUCUAGGUGACAUUGAAAAUGAUCUUCUGAGGCUACGGAAAUGCAAAAUAUUCUGGGUUGAAAUUGUUUCUGCGGGAAGUCAUUCCUUGGGAAAUCAUGCCCUCAUGCUGCAGACUUCCCUAAUUGGUUGACGCCCCUCCCCUCUCCGUAAAAUGGGCGAUGUAGUAUAAGAAUAACUGAAAACGAUAUGUACAAUAUUUUUAUUACUCACAGAAGAAUGCAAAAAGGACAUUCUUAUACUCUUGGACACAUCUAACUCCAUUGGGAAAGACGACUUUAAUAACGAAGUGAAACCUUUUCUACGGGAUUUUGUUUCCGACAAGACCUUGAAUAUUGGACGAAACGGAGCUCAGGUAAGGAUUGCAGUCAAAAUUUGAAAAAAGCUGAAAUGCUUCAAAAAGUUGGCUAGUUAGGUAGCUAAAAUUUAUCAUUUGAAACAUUUUGGUGGCCGUUUCUUUUAAAACAGCCCAUAAAACUAGCAAAACAGUGCUGUGUGUACUCGUCACAACUCAAAACGUCAAAAAAUGAAAUUCAAUAACAAACAACUUGACACAAGAUUUUAAGUGUCAGAAAUAAAAAUUUAAAUCUUAGCCAAUCAGAAUCAAGUAAUUUUUCCUGUAUAUAUUAUGAACUUUUAAACAUGGCAUUAAUAUGACUAUACCAAUUUGAUUCUUUCUUAGCUCGCUUUAUUGCUGUUUAGCAAAUGGGAUGAUCCAAAUAGUCGAUAUUACAGAAAGGAAGAUGAUAAGACCAAAUUAGUGAUACCGUUUGACCUACAUUACGAUGCAAAGAUGUUUGAACGUUAUAUUAAUAACACGGAGUGGAGAAAUAUUAAAGGUGGCCAUACAAGAACGGAUAAGGCGCUCGAGAUUGCUAAUAAAACA